AUGGUCCUUGGAAACUACCCGGAGACAGACAUCAUUCUACCACUGACAUCCUGCGAUGCCUGCGCGUGGCUCUUGAUUCAAGAAAAAGAGCUACCAAAUGGCGAGCGUAUUGACGCUGCAUUACCAUUGGUCUCACUGGCCGAAAAUGUAAAUCGACAACAAUGGACCAACACUCUACUCAGAGCCUUCGGAAAUCGUUUCCAUGAACGGAUUGUCCUACUCGUCUUCCUUUCCUCGCUCUAUUCAACAAUCGAAGAUAUAAUCGCAAAUGACGAACCAAAUUCAUACGAUCUCAUUCAAAGUCUCGAGUGGUGCGCUCGAGCCUUGACCGAGCUACCUGGAAUAGCUAUCGCCGCGGGCCUCACUCCGGCCGGCACGCCAAUGUCCUACACCAUGGACGAGACAAUGUCUCUACAAAAAGCCGUCGGAUUAAUAUUUUCGCCCAAAAGCGCGGUCCUGAUAGAGUCGUCGUUUUUGAUGUACCCGAUCGAUGGAUUUGUAGCCAUCGUCCACGUUGCCGAACUUCUAGAGCACGUUGAGCCGUACCAAAUUGAGAUAUUUGUCUGGAGACGGCUGCUUUACCAUUUUACCGAGCAACAUAUCAAACUUCACGCACAGAUUGGAUUCGAUGAAGCGAAUGCGAAACUCGAGGAAAUUGUCUCCGAGAGACCUCCUUCGUCGUCGUCGAGCUCGGUAAACAAAGACUCAGAUGAGCCGUCUCUAGUCGUGUCACCGAACCGAGUCUCUGUCUCCUCAUCUAUACAAAAAUUGGAUGGAACGUAUCUUCUGCCCUCGUCUUCGGAUUACCUGGAGCAGUUGAGACGCAUGGAGUCGUUUUUUACUUCCAUUGAAACCACGACGAAGUAUGAUGCUGCACUGGGUGUCUUCCUUCACAUGUUGCUGGAUACUUCGGUUUCUCAGCAACGGGGUACUCUCGAUGUUUCCGAUCUUUUCACGCAAGUUCGAUAUAGGGCGGAUGAGAUAAAACGAUCUCAUGAGGGGUUGUAUGAUGUGUUUGUUGAUCCGAAACCGAUUUCCAAAGAAGAUGCUGUGAGAUUGAUAGAGGCAUGGCAUCAGCAUGGCGAUGUUUCCCACAAUGUAGUACUAUAA